CUUCACUCUGUUAGCAUUAGCAUCUCGCUAUUUCACAAGGAUUGUAUUGCUUUAGGGAACUGUAAACGACAGGCAGACGCAAAUACCAAACGCAUAUUGGUACAAUUUGUACCGAAGAUACAAUUUUGUUUUACAGCUGUGGUUUCGUUAAUCUUUAACGGUUGGCGUAGAUGUAGCUAACAUAGCUAAUGCUAACCAGCUAGCAGCCAUUCGACCUAACGUUAGGUUAAGAGACUUGUAGCUACGGUAGCUAAUGCUAACCAGCUAGCAGCUAUUCUACCUACGGUUAAGUUACUUGUAGCUAAUGCUAACCGACUAGCUGCUAUCUUGUCAAGAGCAGAGUUGCACCACGAGGGUAAAAAUAAGUUUAUUUACCCGUUUCUUCUUUAAUAAUGGUACCAAGACCAAUAGUAUAUCACAUACAAUAUAAACAUUGUCUUAGUUGAAUUCAUAUCAGUACAAACAGCAGAAUGGGGCCUUGUUUUGGUGUUAAAACACAGCAGCUGAUCAGCAGAGUCUUCAGCAAUCCAGGGCGAUGGCGUGCAGCUCAGUCCAGACUCUUGUGCAGUUCUACUUCAGGUGAUGAGAAGCCCCGCCCCUCCAUGCUGCGACACCUGACCUCCAGAAUAAAAGCCACGGGUCCGAUCACGGUGGCGGAGUACAUGAGAGAGGCGCUCACCAACCCGGUGACGGGUUACUAUGUGAGGAACGACAUGCUGGGGCCCGACGGAGAUUUCAUCACGUCGCCAGAAAUCAGCCAGAUCUUUGGAGAGCUGCUCGGCGUGUGGAUCGUCAGCGAGUGGAUCGGAGCCGGUCGACCCGAGCGGCUCCAGCUGGUCGAGCUCGGACCCGGAAAAGGGUCGCUGGCGAGCGACGUCCUCAGAGUGUUCAGUCAGUUGCAGUCAGUGGUGGGCGGAGCCUCUCUGUCUCUCCACCUGGUCGAAGUGAGUCCGGUGCUGAGUCGUCUGCAGGCCCAAAAACUGACCGGCAGCCACAGCCGGGAGGCGGACGCUGAGGACAAGCCGGUGUACCGCCGCGGGGAAACCGCUGCCGGGCUGCCGGUGUCCUGGUACCGCCGCUUGGAGGACGUCCCCACAGGAUUCAGCAUCUUUCUCGCUCACGAGUUCUUUGACGCUCUGCCGAUCCACAAAUUCCAGAGGACGCAGAGAGGAUGGAGGGAGGUGAUGGUGGACAUCGACCCGGAGAAGACGGAGCAGCUGCGGUUCGUCGUGGCUCCGUCACCGACUCUGGCCUCGUCCACGCUCGUACAGGCGGAUGAAAGGCGGGCUCACGUGGAGGUGUGUGCGGAGGGCGGCGUGCUGGUGCAGCAGCUGGCCUGGCGCAUCGAAGCUGACGGCGGCGCAGCGCUGAUCGCCGACUACGGCCACGACGGAACCAAGACGGACACCUUCAGGGGUUUCAAAGGCCACCGGCUCCACGACGUCCUGUCCUGCCCCGGAUCGGCCGACCUCACCGCCGACGUGGAUUUCAGCUUCCUGCGGCGGGUGGCGGGAGAGGGCGUGGCCUGUCUGGGCCCCGUCACGCAGAGGACCUUCCUGAAGAACAUGGGCAUCGACUCCCGAAUGCAGGUUCUCCUGAGGAGCUGCAGCGACGCGUCCACCAGGCAGCAGCUCAUCGACAGCUACGACUUGCUGACCAACGCCGCUAAGAUGGGCGAGCGCUUCCUCUUCUUCUGCCUGCUGCACCGCGGCCGGCUGGCCCACCCGCCCCGACCCGACGGGCCCAAGCUGGAGAUCAGGAAGAAGAGGCCGGCGCCGCCGCCUGUGGCCGGAUUCACGGAGCUCAGCUUCUCCUGAAUGAGGUCAAGCUGGUGGGACAGAAAGGACAGAAACUAGAGCUUAUUAUUGUUUAUUGUCCAACUGGUGAUACAAAAACAGCUUUUCUUUGGUCUUUACCAUGUUGACAAUAAGCAUGCUAGCAUGCUAAGCUUAGCGAGGGACAAUGCUACAUCAGAACCACCAAAAGAAUACCUGAAUUGUUCGUUUCUGCAUCGCCGAACUACCUGCUGCACCGAGAGAGACCUGUGACUGAAGGUCAGAGGUCAACCUGCGCUGCCUUGACCCACGUAUUGAAGCAGUUCGCCGAGUUUCUCCUCCGGUGGAAAACGGUUCGGUUCCGUUUGUGUGAGAGACGGUUCCGGAUCAGUUAAAAAAUGAUCGUUUUAAACAUCAUUUUCUGCUUUUUUUGCCUCAAACCAGACCGGUCAUACAUUUGUGGAGUUUAUCAUUAAACCAUAGUUUUGAAUAUUACUUAAUUCUGGAUUAGAACCAUUGGAGAAAGAUUU